CACCGGGACAAGACUGCGCAAAUUUGCAGGAUAAAUAGAAGAUAAGUGGCGCCUUUCCUUCAUUUCCUCAUCUCACCAUCUGCUUCCCAUUCCCAACACAUCACUCACCUUUCUCGCGGCAACGAGGUCACUCUGCCGCCUUCAACCGUCGCCAUUUUCUCCAAUCUGCUGAACUCGUGAGUGUUUGCCCCAGAGUUGCUGCCACCCCCGCAUCUCCACUUGGGCGGACCAACGUACUAAUCCCGCGGCUCAGGCUGCAUCACCCGUACGCCGGACGCCGCUGCUCCUCCACCGGCUGGGUUCACGACUCUCCCUACGUCAAAUAGACUUAACUUCACAACCAGACGAUCAAUCUUACCAGCCAUGGCACCUCACGCAAACGAUUCCGAAGGCAACGCCUCUGGAAUCCAGAUGAAUGGAACUGCCACUUCCGCGCCUGCCGACUUCAAGGUCCUGUCCCCCAAUGUUCACUACACGGACGACACGGUCACCAGCAAGUACACGUAUCGUACCACGGAUGUGGAGCUUCUGGGGGGGAACAUGGUCGCCACGCCCAAGGAAACCGUAUACGACUUCAAGACCGACCGCACCGUGGGCAAAGUCGGCUUGAUGUUGGUGGGAUGGGGUGGCAACAAUGGCAGCACCGUGACCGCCGGGAUCUUGGCCAAUCGGAACAAGAUGACCUGGGAAACUCGAGAGGGUCCCCGUGAGGCCAACUACUAUGGUUCCGUCGUCAUGUCCUCCACCGUCAAGCUUGGUACCAAUGCGAAGACUGGAGGAGACGUCAAUGUCCCGCUCCACAGCCUCGUCCCCAUGGUCCAUCCCAAUGACCUCGCAAUUGGCGGCUGGGAUAUUAACGACAUGGAUAUUGCAUCCGCCAUGGACCGCGCUCAAGUUUUGGAGCCCACGCUGAAGAUGAUGGUCAGGAAGCAGACCUCUGCCAUGAAGCCGCUUCCCAGCAUCUACUACCCCGAUUUCAUUGCAGCCAACCAGGGCGAUCGCGCAAACAACCUCAUUCCCGGCCAGCAGGCUUGCAUGGAGCAUGUCGAGCACAUUCGCAAGGACAUUCGCGAUUUCAAAGCCGCCCAGGGGCUCGACAAGGUCAUUGUUCUGUGGACCGCCAACACCGAGCGUUUCAGCGACCUUAUUGCCGGAGUCAACGACACUGCCGAGAACCUCAUGGCUUCCAUUGCUGCAGGACACAGCGAGGUCUCACCUUCUACCAUCUUCGCUGUGGCCUCCAUCCUCGAGAACGUCCCGUUCAUCAACGGUUCGCCGCAGAACACAUUUGUGCCGGGCUGCAUCCAGCUCGCCGAACAACGCGGUGCAUUCAUCGGAGGUGACGACUUCAAGUCGGGCCAGACGAAGAUGAAGUCUGCUCUUGUCGACUUCCUGGUCAAUGCCGGCAUCAAGUUGACCUCCAUUGCGAGCUACAACCAUCUCGGCAACAACGACGGAAAGAACCUCUCCAGCCACAAGCAGUUCCGCUCCAAGGAGAUCAGUAAGACCAACGUUGUGGACGACAUGGUUGCUGCCAACCACAUCCUGUACAAGGAGGGCGAGCACCCCGAUCAUACCGUGGUGAUCAAGUACAUGCCGGCUGUCGGUGACAACAAGCGCGCUCUGGAUGAGUACUACGGAGAGAUUUUCAUGGGUGGGCACCAAACCAUUUCCAUCUUCAACGUUUGCGAGGACUCCCUGCUGGCAUCCCCCCUCAUCAUCGACUUGGCCAUCAUCGCCGAGUUGAUGACUCGCAUCCAGUGGCGCAAGCAUGGUGAGGAGGAGUGGAAGCAGUUCCACAGUGUGUUGAGCGUGCUCAGCUUCAUGCUCAAGGCUCCUUUGGUGCCGACCGGUACGCCUGUGGUGAAUGCCCUUGCGAAGCAACGUGCUGCCUUGGUCAACAUUCUCCGUGCGUGCGUCGGUCUUGACCCCGAGAACGACAUGACUUUGGAACACAAACUGUUCUGAGCGAGAACUUUUGGCUUUGUUGAUAGAUGGUCUAUUUUUGCAGUAGAUACUCCCGCUCGAUUAAUACCUUGCAUACACCUACCAGUCCA